AUGACUUCAACUGGUGCAACCUCGUAUGGCGACUGCGUGUCUGCACUGCGCAACUCGCUCUCGCAUCUCGAGUCGUCUGUCGACAUCUUGGGCACAGGCGUCACCGACUUCCCCCGACUCGUACAAGUCCUGAAGACGGUUCGCCACUACGAGCUGAUCCCUCAACCUACGCUUGCCGCUGCAGAAGCCUCCCUCCGCGACGAGAUCGGCCCUGCCAUCUCCAUUCUCCUCGACCGCGCAGAUGGCCACAUCGACCGGGUAGAACGACGCAUCGAGUCCCUGAAGGCGCGAGCGGAACUGCAGCAGGGUCGGUUGUCCCAGACACCUGGCAAGGCUCUCUCGUCGCAGAAACGAGGCAAGAGCCAGGUCGGCCAAAGACUCGGCGGCGAGGCCAAGCUGAGGGCGAAGGCGAUCAAACAGAGGAGGGAAGCUUUGGAAUACAGCAUCGAGAGACUGGAGCUCGAGGUCCUCCAGAAGGAGAGGGAGCUGAGAAAGCAGGUCGAGAAGGCGUGA